AUGACAAUGGAACUCUACAGCUACGUUGGAAACUCGCGUUCUUACGCCAUCUUCUACAUUCUCGACAAGGCCGGCGUGAAGUUCACUCUUAAGGAGUCUCUCAAGGGAGGCGUGUUCCCUGAAGACAUGGACGCGCGAUUCCCUCUCAGAAAGAUCCCCGAUCUCGUGGACGGAGAUUUCCACCUCAGAGAGACCAUGGCCGUCACCACCUAUCUGGGCGAGAAGUACGCCGACAAACUGGGCAACUUUGUGCCUCUGACUACCCUGGAGCACACCAAGGCCCUUGAAUGGAUGUCGUUUGCCAACACUGAACACAUCCCCACCUGCUCCCUGGCCGGUCUCAUGAUCAUGGGCCAGCGAGAGUACGUGCAGAAGGACUUUGCCCGGCUCGUGGGAAUUGCCAACCGAAACGUCGACGUGGUGUUGGAGCCCUUUCUCAAGAACAACACCUUCCUGAUUGGCGAGCGUCUCACCUACGUGGACGUGUUCGUGGCUGGCGCCACCCUGCGCGGCUUCACUCAGCUGUGGGACAAGAAGUGGCAGGCCGCCCACCCUCACUUUACCCGGUGGUUCAAGACCGUGGUCAACCAGCCCGAGUUUGUCAAGCUCUUCGGUGAGACCGAGCUUUGCCAAGUCUUCAAGGCCCCCAAGUAG